AUGCCGUGGGUGCCGCGCAUCGCUCCAAAAGAGGGGGUCGAUGCAGAAGAGGCCUCGAAACAAAAGGAUGCCCUGAAGGGGGCGAACUCAGCCGCUUCACGACAUGAUUCUACAGCCGAAAGCGCUGCAAGGGACAAGGCUUUGUCCUGCCUUGUGACACGAGGGGCCGACCUGUGGCUAGAUCUGCAGUCGCGGAAAUUGCCUGGAAAGAAACUGAGCAAGUUCCUUACGGACGCGCUCUAUGAUGAAAUCCGAAAGCAGCUGCAAAAUCCCAAGAAACCAGAUCGCCGAUGCUGGUACUUUAACGUUGACGUCAGUGGCACAGAGAUGAACGCCGAUGGCCUUCAGAUCCUCGUGACCUUCCUGAAGCGCCUCUUCGAGGCAGAUCCACCGGUUUGCGUUCAUAGCCUGCGCUGCUACAAUAAUGACCUGGGUGAUACGGGGGCGGAGCACAUUGCCGAGAUGAUCUUGGCCCAGCCUUUUGCUGUGUACGAGCUCCAUUUGAGUGACAGCAGGAUGUCGGAGCUAGGGGCCGCAAUGGUGAUCUUGUCCGUCUGUGUGGCCAAUGAUCGGUAUCCGUUUCAAGUGAAGCAUCGGUGGACUGGAUGCUGGAUGCGACUCGAGAACAACUACGUCAGCGCACCGGAUGCGCUGCUGACUGCCAUGCGAGCUGCAGUGCCCCUGCCGAGCAAUGAGUGGAGCGAGCCUGCGGUGCGGAUCGAAAGCAUUGUCCGUGGAGACCGAACAUGGGGGCGGGCUCACGGUCCUAGCUGGGCCACUUCGGCAGAGGUGACCCCACAAGCUUUGUUGUAUACGUUCGAUGAGCAGAAAGGUUUGAUGAGUGCUGGCUAUGGGAAGAAGGAGAGCGCGGCGGUCAUCCGAGCAGCACGACGCGCAGCAGAGAGUGCCCGUGAGGCAGUGCUGGAGAUGUACAAGAGGAUUUGCGGCGAUGAUAAGCCAGAAGGAGAGCCGGUGCCUGCACGAGCUCGACCCUCGGAGGAUCGCGUGGUGGUUGCUCGCUGGAGGCGAGACGAGGACUCGGCGGCCCAAGAGGCGGAGAAAGCUGCUGCGAAAGCCUGGCCUUCUGAGACACGAGCAGCAGAGCGAGCUCCGAAAGUCUCCAAGCUCCGCUCCUUCAGGACCGCGGUCAACAGCCUCAGGCCGCAAGCCGAGUCCAGGGAAGCUGCAGCGCCCGCUCACACGGCGGGCUACGCUGGCUAUACGAAGUUCGGAGGAGUGGGGGACGGACCAGCCCACAGACCGACCAGGGGAGACCACGACUCUCAUGAAUAUGCAUAUGCUGUUGGAUCUGGCCUUGGGAAGGGGGCGAGCUCUGCCAAAGGGACAGCUGCGAAGGGGAAGUUGAACGUGGUGCACCCGAUCGAAGAGGAAGAGCGUCCAGCCACAGCGAAGACUCCUGCUGGCAAAGGAGACGCGCAGAAAGGAAAGCAAAGGUCGAAAGAUUCGAAAGGAUCCGGCAAGCUCGUUUGGAAGUCGAAGACAGAUAAGCCUGCGGCCGCGGAUACAGACGCUCCGUCCGAGGAGCAAAAGAGGCAAGAAGCCGCGCCGAAGGGGGACACCUCGAAGGCCAAUUCAUCCAAGGAUGCGACCGACACGGCUCCUGCCCAGGAUGCUACUAAGCACUCCAAAAAUUCUGAAGAGUCAAAAGAUCCAAAGCAGGAGAAACUGGAUGCAAAGGACGCGAAGGAAACAAAAGAGGCAAAAGAUCCGAAACAGGAGAAACCAGAUGGAAAGGAUGCGAAAGCUACAAAGGAGGCAAAAGAUCCAAAACAGGAGAAACCAGAUGGAAAGGAUACGAAAGAUACAAAGGAAGCAAAAGAUCCAAAGGGUGGCAAAGAUAUGAUUGAAGUGAAGCAUGGAAAGGAUGGAAUCGGAAUGGGGGCACAGGAUGCAAAGGAGCCGAAUAGUGCAAAGGAAGCGAAGGAUCCCAAGCUUGACAGCACCAAUGACGAGAAAGGAACGAGUGGCAUCAAAAUGGCUGAGCCGAAAGGGAAGGACGCUGAAGGCCCAAAGGCUGCCAAGGAGGCUGCCGCAUCUUCCGAAGCGGGUACCAGGCCUGCAGACUCCAAGCCAGGCCAAGCAGCAGCAGUGGCGACAGCUCCAGCCGCAACGCAGCCCUCUACGGCUCCAUCGGCCACACUUUCGUCAUUGGCGGCCACUCCCACAGCACCUGUGACUCCACAGCCAGAAGCUCCAGAAGUUCCAUCGCCGACGCUGACGGCCGCGGAUGCUGCCAUGCCAAGCGUCAUCCCUUUCAGACAGAGUGCUCCGCCGCCGCCUGCGCCGCCGCAAAAGGCAAAGACUGGCAAGAACAAGAUCGUGAUGCCUGGGCCACCUCCCGCCUUAGAGAUCUUCGCCGCCAGCCCGACCUCAAAGAUGCAGCCAGAGGUCGACUCAGUGGAGACAAACUCUGACUCCAUGAAGGAGCCGGAGAAGAACAAGAAGUGCCACCUGAAGACUCGCCUAGGAUAUCAGCCUCUCCACCGCGUCCUCAUCGACAACUGGCAAUCUGGGCUGACGGUAGCUAUGGUUAGCGUCCCAUUGUCGAUUUCCUUGGGCAUCGCAUCCGUGUCGGGCGGUGAUCCCGCAGCACCUUUGAUGGGCGUGUCAACCGCGUUUUGGGGUGGAUUGUGUGCGUCAUUGUUCAGCUCUAGCGACUUCAACAUUAUCGGGCCUGCCGGAGCGUUGAGUGGAAUGCUGAGCAGUGCGACCAUCAAAUUUGGAGGUGCAGGUGUUUUGCCUUACUUGUCCCUCCUGUCCUCAGCCAUCAUUUGCUUGAUCUAUCUGCUGGGCUUGCAGCGCUACUUGCUCCUCAUGCCCACGGCUGUGUUUGAGGGUUUUACGCUCGCAGUGGCUUUCAUCAUUGGCCUCGGCCAGUUGGAGAUGGCUUUGGACUUGAGGCCGGAUGGCCACAAGUCAGAGCACUUCCACGAGAACGUCAUUCGCUCCAUUCAAGCUCUGCACGGCUACAGCCUGGCUCCGGCGAUUCUCUUCUUCGUCGUCACAGUCUUGCUUCUGACCCUCGUCAAGUACGUGGGCAAGAUCCGAGGCAAGUCGAUUCCGUGGACCGUGCUCCUUCCGUUGUUCACCAUCCUCUUGGGCUACCUGUCGGACAGGGACAUGCUCGGUGGCAUUAUUCUUCCUACACUGAAGGACAAGUACGGGACCUUGCAGGCACGGAUUGUCGAGGUGCCAUCCGUGCCACUUGCAGACUUUGCAGCGGGCGAUGUCUUCGGCCUGAUCCGCAACGCCUUUGGCAUUGCCUUCGUGGCAAUCUUGGAGACUCUAAUUUCUGCCAAGAUUGCGGAGCAGAGGAUGAAUUAUCCCUUUGACAGCGGCCGUGAGACGUUCGGAUUGAUGGUGUGCCAUGCUGUGUGUGGGGUCGUUGGGGCAAUGCCUCCCACGGGUGUCUUUGUACGCACAUCUUUGAAUGUGCAGCUUGGAGCCACCCACAGGCUAUCGCAAAUGAUCAAUGCAAUUGCUGUCUUCCUGAUCUUUGUGGUCGCUAUGCCUGUUUUCUCAUACUUGCCGCAGGCGGCUGUUGCAGCGCUUCUUGUCUUUGCCUCGAUUCGCAUGGCGCCUGUCCACUACAUCGCGAAACUGUGGCGCACGGACAAGAAGAGUUGUUUCCUGCUGGUUCUCACCACCCUGAUAUGCAUUUUUGUGGAUCCAGUCUAUGGCCUCAUCGUGGGUAUGGUUGUGGCUCUGCUGAGAAAUGCGGCCGAGACUGCACGAGCAGAAUCACGGGUGACGCUGGACAAGGCUGAGAUGCCGGUAAGCGAGACCGGAACACCCCUCUCGAGCGGUCAACAUGGCACCCUUUCUCAUUGGGCCACCUCCAGCUUCGAUGAUGCCGCAAACUUGGCAGUGAAACCUUCGCCGUUGAAACGCAUCAAGCAGUUGAUUGAGAGAUUUGCCUGCGGCAAGCCCCCGAUGGAGCACAGCAAUGCUUUGCACAGGCACAAAACCUUCCGCGGUUUCAAGACGGUUCUCUACGAGCCAAUGGGGUCUGUGACUUUCCUUUGUGCGAGCAAGCACCUCUCGCGCUUGCAGGCACUUCUUGAGAAGAAGCCGACGAGGCUCAUCAUUUCCUUGGAGCACGUCACCCGCAUUGACAUUGAUGGUUCGGACAACCUCGCCAAGGCGGUCCAGGAGAUCAAAGAUGCAGAAUGCGAUGUCCGUUUAGUUGUGCCCGAAUUGCUGCUGCAGGGUGUCAUCCUCCAGAAAGCGGUCUGGGUCGACAAACUUCGGACUGAGGGCCGCAUCUACAGCACGGUUGCGGAUGCAAAGCUUGCGGGAGCAGAUUGUGAAAUCUGA